CUGAACCCAACAUGUCGCUUUUAGAUGUCCUCUGGCUACGGGAACCGGUUUCUCUACAUGUGAACAGGCCUUCUCGCUUGGCUCUGGUCGAACCUGUUUUUCCACUCUGACGUCACGAAUUCCCCCGCGAGGAUCCUGUUACCCGGAAGUCACCGCGCUGGUUUACCUGGGCGGCUCCUCAGGAGUAACGUUGAGAAGCGUCUUCGCGCAGCAGGAAAACAGAAAGGAGUAAACUAGUCAACAUGGUCGUCGCCUGGUUGGUUUCGGUGCCUUUGUUCUUUUUCGCAGCGACAGGUGUAACCGGCUUUACAGUCACCACCAGCAAUGCAAAUGUGCAGGUGAAAAAUAAUGAGGGGACGGACCUUACAUGCACGUAUUCGGCCGACUUUGGUUCCAGCCCCCGAGUUGAGUGGAAAUUUAAGAACCUGAAAGGUUCCCAGAUGUUAGUGUUCUAUGACCAGAAACCAACAGAGCCAUACGCCGGCCGAGUGACUGUGUAUGGUGGUAGCAACCUGAGAUUCUCCAAAGUCACCCCUGAGGAUAAUGGCGUGUACACCUGCGAGGUGACGUCAAACAGCCAGUUUGGGCUAGUCCAAGUGACGAUGACCGUUCUGGUGCCACCAGGCAUUCCCAUGGUCAGGGUCCCUAGCUCGGUGACCACGGGCCACGCCGCCCUGCUCACUUGCUCCGACCCCGUCGGCUCGCCUCCGCCCAAGUACAACUGGUACAAAGAUGGCGUCCUCCUGCCUUCUGAUCCCAGCAAGAUUGCUGCCUUCAAAAACGCAACCUACAAGCUGAACCCGGAAAAUGGCAACCUGGAGUUUCCCGCUUCUGUCAAGAUGGACUCCGCUCAGUACACGUGCGAGGCUUUCAACAGUGCUGGGCCUCCUCAGCGCUCGAAACCCUUACCAUUGGAAGUCCGGGACCUUAACGCUGGAGGAAUUGUGGCUGGGGUGAUAGUGGCUCUGCUGUUUGUGGCCCUACUGGUAUUUGGAAUUUGGUUUGCCAAGAAGAAAGGCUAUCUGCCCAAGAAGACUGAAAGCAAACCAAAGCCCAGCGUGGUGUACCAGCCGGCCUCCUCUGUGUACGGUGGUGGUGAGGAUGAAGCUGGGGAAUUCAAGCAGAAGUCAUCGUUCGUGGUAUAGUCUUCAUAAACCGCAGGAGAUCACCUUCAUUUUAAAUGUCUGGUGUGGGAUUUUCCUCAGGUUUUCAUUGUUUUUUUGUUUUUUGUUUUUGCUCCAAGUUGCAGUUUUCUAUAAACCAGUGUGAUUGUGCACCCGACCGGUUCUCUAUGAUGUCUCAGAUGCAUCAAGGUUAGACGAUAAAUGUAGACUUUUAAAACUUAAGGGACCUAUUAGAGACCCUUUUAGCAUGUACGGACAUGUUCCCAUCUUUAUGUUUGCAGAGUGUGUUUUUUGUUGUUUUUCUGUGGAACUUUUUAAAUUAUUCUGAUAAUACAUAUGCAUGUAAAUUUGUAAACAAAUUAAAUGCAGCACAGAUAAUUGUACUAGUCAAUAAAGCCCGUAUUCUGAGUUAUUUGGAAGGAAAAUGGACUCAUGAGUACAACUAAGCUUAACUUUUUACAGCAAGAUUUUUAUUACAUUUACAGACCCAUAACCUUAACCUCGGACUAUUCUCUUCUCACUGAGUCUGUCUGUAAGCUCAACUGUGAAAGGACCAUGUAUAUCAAAGAUGGAAUAGGGAGCAUAGAUUGAGUGUCUCAAAGUUUCUUUUUCUUUUAUAACAAACACAAAAUUGAUGUAAUGUACAUUUUUUAAAUUUCUAUUAAAGUUUAAUGUUUUUGUAAAUACAGUACUGUUUUUAGGUUUCUAGAACAAUUUAACCAGGUGGACAUUUUAGGUACACUCUUUGUUGUAUUUAGCCGAUGGCGCCCCCCCCCAGGCACGGUUGUUCUGCUCCUACACGUGUGUGAUAUCUCUUGUGUAUGCAUUGCGGUGGCACCAGCUGACAGCGGGGCCAGACUUUCCUCCCCCCCCCCCCUUGUAAACAAUGGGGAAACUUCACAACCAGAUUGGCUAAUACAGGAAUGACUGAUAGAUGUCAGAUAUGAUGCUGCACCUUUUUUGUGACUCAGAGGUGUGGCCAGUGAAUGACUAUGCGUCAUUCAAAUGCAACAUUUUUAAAUUAUUAACACUGAGUUCAGAAGGCAUUUUUUGUGUGUGUGUGUGUAGCUUCAUCCACAAAUGAUCAGGAUGUCUAUUUAAGUGGUUUAAUGAGGUAGGACAUCAAUCAUGAGUCAAUGUAAUCUAUCGGGUAAAAUUGUCAAAAUUUUACCCGAAAAUAUUGAAACACUUCUUUAUUGCUUAACCAUUCCUCUGCAUAAGAUGGAGCUGAUGAAUCGGCUGGUGUCACUUUUGUCACUUUUCCUUAUGUGAUGGUCAAUAAACUGUAAAACUGCGUCUUCUGUGACAAGUAAUGUUCAGCUGUGCUGAGUCAGUUAAGCUACAGUAUGAAAUGUUUGUCCUCGGCCCCUUUUUCAGUUUUUGUUUUUGUGAAGGUGUAUCAAGAAAGUGACACUUUUACUAAUAAAAUCCCACCUGGAAAUUA